CUGUUGUACUUUUCGUAGGGGUGCUUCCCCUUUGAUCUUUUUUCUUGUGUCCGACGACUCCGACCCCCAAAAAUUGAAAAAAAUUGUGUUUCCACGAUCAUCAAAUUGGCAUGAAAAGGGGGUAGAGAGCUAUGGCUAAUCCAUAAAAUUUUGAGAUUGAAUCAAUUCACGAAGGGGGUCAUUUUUUUGAAAUUUUGAUUAUAGGAAGAAACUCAUCUGAUUUGAUAGAGGAAAGAGUGUUAUUUGUUCUUCGGUGCUCUGAUAAGGAUGGAUGAAUCGUGGCGAUCUUAACAAGGUUUGGGAAAUCAAAACCCUCAUCAAAAGGAGCAGAGAAGAUGAAGCAUGGGAGAUUCUUCAGAAAAUAGCUAGCCAGGUUGAACCCAUCACGAAAAAUAAAUGGAGAGUUAAACUUCUUUCCGAGUUUUGUCCAAACAAUCAGUCUCUUCUAGGGUUGCAUGUGGGAAGAGGCGUGCAGGUUAUGCUCAGAUUGCAAAGGCCAAAUAGAGAAUCGGAAUUUUACCCCUACCAUCAGGUUCUUGAAACGAUGCUUCAUAAGCUAUGCCAUAAUGCCCAUGGCCCUCACAAUGCCAACUUCUACAAGCUGUGGGAUGAACUCCGAAAGGAAUGUGAGUAUCUUAUCUCCAAGGGAAUAACUGGCACAAGUGAGGGCUUUGAUCUUCGAGGGAAACGUUUGGGUGGUUCUUCUCGUCAACCCUCUUUGUCAUCUCUUAGCCAAACUACAUUGACUACUGUAGAAAACCGACUGCACCUUGGAUCUCUACUACCAUCUGGACCCAAGCGCCUUGGUGGUGACAGUAAUAUUAUGGUUGCACUUAUUCCAAUACAGGCUACUGCCAUGGCUGCCGAAAGGAGAAUGCAGGAUGAUUUGUGGUGUGGAUCUUUUGGAAUGUUAGGUGAAGAAGAAAGUAACUCCAAUGAAUUACAAAAAGCCAUUAGCUCCGAUAUGUGAUGUUUGUGGUAGCCAAAAGCCUAAAGAUGUUGCAGUGAAGUUCAAGACCUGGUCUUGCAAAUUUUGCACUCUUGGAAACAAUAUCAAGGAAGAGAGAUGCUCUGCUUAUAAAUAGUGGAGGAAUUCAAGUGGGCCGCUAGUGUCCUUCCCUGCAUCUAGUGUUGGCAUCUGGGACUGAUAGCUGGAAAUGGUAUAUUUUUUUGUGAGGGAGGGGGGCUAUAGGAAAUGUUUUAAACUAAUUUCUCCUUUGCUCUUGUCAAUGAAUAUCAUAACUUAUGAUUUGAGAUCUGGUCGUUGCCAUGGAUGGAAAUAUGAAUAUGGACCCAUUGGAUUGGACAUGGAUAUUAGGGUGAA